AUGCCAGCACGCAAAAGACCAAACGCAGCCUCGGAGACCGAGUCAACCCCAAACGCGCGUCGGCGCAUCAGACAAAGCGAAGAACCCGAAUCAUCAGCAUCAAACAGCGACGAUGACGAACCAAGCGCACCAACCAGCACAGACGCAAUGGUCAAGAGAAUGGUCCGACUCGCCAUAGCAAGCGAGUACUCGCGGCUCCCGAUCCGACGCAACGACAUCAGCACCAAGGUGCUAGGCGAGCAGGGCUCGCGACAGUUCAAGCUAGUGUUCGACCAGGCGCAGCGGGAAUUGAGGCAGCGCUUUGGUAUGGAGAUGACCGAGUUACCGGCGCGAGAUAAAGUCACCAUUAGUCAACGACGAGCCGCGCAGAAAACUGAAAAACCUUCCUCGGCUAAUAAGUCCUGGAUCGUUACUACCACCUUGCCGCUCCCAUACCGUUCUUCUGAUAUCCUCAUUCCAACUAAGGCGCCCUCCCUCUACACUGAAAGCACAUAUACGGGCCUGUACAGCUUUAUCAUAGCGUUGAUUGUGCUGAAUGGUGGUUCGCUGGCUGAGCAGAAACUUGAUCGGUACUUAACGCGCACUAAUGCUGAGAUUGCUACGCCGGUUGACCGCACGGAUAAAUUGCUGCAGCGGCUAUGCAAGGAAGGGUACAUUAUCAAGACGCGGGAGAUGGAUGGUGGUGAGGAGCUCAUUGAGUAUGUUCUUGGACCGCGGGGUAAAAUUGAGGUUGGCACUGGUGGUGUGGCGGGGCUUGUGCGAACUGUUUAUGGGAAGAACCAUAGUGACCACGAGGGCUUGACUCAGCUCCAGAGGGAAGACCUUGAGGAUUUCGAGACGAAGCUUGGGAGGAGUCUUGGGAUUGAGCCGGCAACGGUACGAGCCAAUACGAUGGACGGUACUAGCGAUGUGGAUGGAGAUUCUCGAGUUAACGGAAACGAGGAGACGCCGCGGAGCUCGGGCCCUAGGCGGUCUUCGAGGCGUGGUCCUAGUCCGGAAGAAGAGGAAGAUUCACAUUCUGAGGAGUAUGAUGAGGAAGAGUGA